AUGAGCAUUGGUAUGAAGAACUCUAUUGUUUUGUUCAUCUUCGUGGCAAUAUUCACGGCCUUGAAUGACCGUGGAAAUGCUGCUCCCCCGAGCAAAUACCACCCAGCGGGUGUCGACAGGUGGUACAUCCACGUCGUCAAUAAACUCGGGGGAGGUAGAUGGCUCGCCGUUCAUUGCAAGUCCAAAGAUGACGACCUCGGGAAUCAUGAUCUAGCACCAGGGCAGGACUAUUGGUUUACGUUCAAGUCAAACUAUUGGGGAACCACGCUUUUCUGGUGCACCCUGCGCACCGAAAAAGAAGACCCUGUAAAACAACAUGUUGGUUUGAAAGUGUUUUGGCAGGAAUGGCUACAUGUUUGGCUCACGUAUCAUUGUGGCCAAAAAGAAAGGAAAUGCUUCUGGAUUGCAAAAGAUGAUGGGAUUUACCUGAGAGUCAAUCCUGAAAAUCGUGAUGAAUUUGUUGUUAAAUGGGAAACGGGGUGGUAA